AUGUUGAUUUGUAUUCAUUAUUUCUUGGUUUUAAUUACACAAAUAUACGCGGGGAUAGUCAAAGGACCUGAUUCGACCCUCAUUAUAACAAGAGUAUUGUCAUUAACUUCCAAUGUCGAGACGAUUGGCUAUCACCAGUGGCAUCACGAUUAUGGCAUAGGUAAUACAAGUGACCUCAUGCCGGUCGUCAACGGCUCAAAAAGUACGUACCAGUUUUACAUUGAGAAAUUUGAUAAUGGAUCUAACGUUUACUGCAGGCAUAUUGACGGUGGUUUGACUGUCAAUAUCAAAAACAAUAUUUUAUUCAAUUGCGGAAUGCAACCAAUGAAGCUGUUUUUAGUCGAUGACGGUUAUUACGAGGACAAGGUGGAUAAAAUUAGUGAAUAUAACGAUAACUCAACAUUCAGAUUUGAGUGUGUCAAGCAUCCUUAUGUUUCCAGUACUACAAUUUCAGAUGUGUUCGUUGGCUGGAUCAAUCCGAACACAGACAAAAUGUCAGUGCUCGCCAAGAGACGAGGAGAUAAUAUAAGAGUUAAACUAACGCUUAACAAAACAUAUAAUUCAAGCAUGAUUUGUUGUAUAUACUACACCACGAGGGCAUCCAGCUCGCACACACAAAUACAGCGUUACGUUACUCAUAAAACCCGAUUGAUAUGGAAAGAUAAUAGUGAGCCUCAAACAACAAAAUCAACCACUUCUACGAGCACAGCUAAGUAUACUGAAACUGAUGUGGAAUCAACUGAGAGAGACCAAAGUUUUAAAGAAGACGAUAUAAAAUAUUUAGCCAAUAGAAGUAACGAUUCUGAAGAUGGAUUAACAUUAAAUGGAAAUAAGUUUAAGAAUAACGUCAAUCGUGAACAAAGCGACACACAUGAAACUAAAGAUAGCAAGUCUCUGAUACUUGGUGUCGGUUCCGGUGUCCUAUUGGUGCUGACAAUUAUUGUACUAGCGGUGGUGGUGCUGGUAAAAAAACACAACAGUAACUCUGGAAGAGGAAGUCCACGACUGGAUCAGAAACACGUCAACGUGGCGUCUCCAUUUUACUUAAAUCUCUUGUUUCGAGAAGAAUGCAAUAAAGAAAUUAAUAAAAUUGAACAAGAACACUACUACGAGGAAAUAUUAUAG